AUGACCCAAAUUCACGAUAUAAAACAUGCCCAAACAGAAAGAAAUGAAUGGGGGAGUUCUUGGCAAUUUUUGUUAACUUGUAUUGGAUAUGCUGUUGGACUUGGAAGUAUUUUUUGUUUGGAAUUUAAAAUUAAAAAAAUUUUAUUUAUAGAUAUUUGGCGCUUUCCAGCUUUAGCAUAUGAACACGGUAAAAAUGAAUAAUUGAUAGUAUAUAAUUUGAGGAGGAGGGGGGGGG